GCGUGUGCUCCCGGCAUUCACCGGGCGAGGAACAUGGCGCAGAGUUGCGGGCGUUGCUGAGACCCAGGGAUUCCUUGUCAGAGCUGGGCUGGAGCCGGUGGGAUCAUAAUGCAAGUGUGAAAUGUGUUAAUGUGCGGAUGAAAACGUCUGCUCUCUCUAUGUAUGUGAGGAUUUCCGCGGCCACAGUUUUCCCAUACACAGACAUGUCUUUAGGACUCCCAGUCGGUGAGUGUUUGUGCAUCGGCUGCUAGGCCUGGCCUAAAGGAAAUGGCGGACUCGCAGCACCGCCUGCCCACAAGCUGUCUUGCUCACAGCACAAAGAGCACGCCAAGCCUUCUAGACCUGGUUGCUGCAAGUAGACUGCUUGCAGGAGCUCCUCUGCACCGGUUCUCCUUGGCUCAGAUAAUGGAGAAGGCGUGCGAGGAAGCGGCCACCUACGUCGAUGCCGGGAUCGAUGGAUUGAUUGUGGAAAAUAUGCACGAUAUUCCAUACACUUCAAGUGUUGGUCCAGAAGUGACUGCUGUCAUGGCGACUAUAUGUGCUGCUGUCAGACAGUCUCAUCCCAGAAUUCCUCUGGGGGUUCAGAUUCUUUCUGCAGCCAAUCCACAAGCAUUGGCAGUUGCACUUGCAGCAGAUGCUGAUUUUAUUCGAGUGGAAGGAUUUGUAUUCUCACAAGUUUCAGAUGAAGGAUUUCUGGAUGCAUGUGCUGGUGACCUUCUCAGAUAUCGCAGACAAAUAGGAGCUGAGAACAUUCAAAUCUUCACUGACAUUAAGAAAAAACACAGCUCACAUGCUGUGACAUCAGAUAUCAGUGUAUCAGAGACCGGCAGGGCUGCAGAAUUCUUCCUCUCUGACGGUGUCAUACUAACUGGGGUAGCCACUGGGAUGGAGGCAAAUCCUGCAGAACUGAAAGAGGUUAAACAGGCUUUAAAAAUUCCUGUCCUCAUCGGCUCUGGUGUGACCUAUGAAAACAUGGAGCAGUACAUGGACGCUGAUGCCUUCAUUAUUGGCUCACAUUUUAAAAGAGCAGGAUACUGGGCCAAUGAACUUGACCCCGAACGGAUUAAGAAAUUUAUGUCAAAAAUGCAUCAGCUGAGGAAAUGAAAUGUAAAACUGCAAGAUAAAUCUACAACUGUUUAUUGAAAGAAACCUGUACAUCAAGCAAACUAAAUUAAUUCUGUUGCACCCGCAUUCACUAUUCUUUGAUUUGUUUUUCUAUCCUUUUCUGUUUAUAUGUUGUGCAUUUUUAUGGUCUGUAUUAAUUUUAAUGUAUUUAACUGCAGUUUCAGUCACACUUACACAGCUUUUGAUUGUAAAAUGUUACUAAUAAAUUCUAAAAGAAAAAUAA